AUGUAUGCGUCUGAUAGCGUCACUAGCUUGCCGUUUGUCAAAUUUUGUGAAAUCCCUGCUUUGCCCUCAUUGUGGUAUCCAAAGAAGAACAACGUUGGCUCCUGUCUCAAACACUCACUUCACUUGUCUCUGGAAGCCAUUGAAGCUCUUCUUCUGAACACCCUUGCUAAGCAUUCAUUGCAACUUACCCUUUUUCCCUUUUGGGCCGAGAAGCCUGUUUUUCAAGCAAAGCUUGUCUUUUGGAGUCAUCAAAAGGCAUGUGUGAUCCCUGAGAAAGCAAAACCCAGUUUGUGGUUUUGUUUGGUCUUUCUCACAAUGAACUCUGCUACAAGAUUGGAUUCAGUUGUGUUUCAGCUAACACCAACAAGAACCAGAUUUGACUUGGUUAUAACUAUGAAUGGAAAGAAGGAGAAAGUUGUAUCAGGGUUGCUCAAUCCAUUUCUAUCCCACUUGAAGGCUGCUCAAGAUCAAAUAGCAAAGGGUGGUUAUUCCAUUGUUCUUGUGCCUGAGCAUGGCUGUGACGCCUCCUGGUUUACCAAGGGAACAGUUGAAAGGUUUGUUCGCUUUGUGAGCACUCCUGAGAUAUUGGAGCGUGUGUAUACUAUAGAAUCUGAAAUUGCACAAAUUGAAGAGGCAAUUACAAUUCAAGGAAAUAAUUCGAUAGGGAUUAGCUUUGUAGAAGAAAACCCGAUAAAAUAUGUGGAAAGCACUGACGGUAAUUUUGAAAGAACAGGUAGGAAGACUCAGCCGGAUACAAAUGAGGAAAAUGCUAUUGUACUUUACAAGUCUGAUACACAGCCACCUGAAACAAAUGGAAGCACCAAGUCAGAAGGAAAAUCAAAAGUUCAGCUUUUGAAAGUCCUGGAGACACGUAAAUCUGUGCUGCAGAAAGAGCAGGGAAUGGCAUUUGCACGUGCUGCUGCUGCUGGUUUUGACAUUGACUACAUGCCAGCUUUGAUGUCAUUUGCUGAAUGUUUUGAAGCAUCACGCUUGAUAAAGCAUGAAGGUGGCCAAUAUCUUGAAAUUGAAUCUGCCGAAGUGACACCCAAUCCUGCUGACUCCUCUGCAAUAAAUGCUUCAGGCAUAGUAAUGGGAAAUAAGGUUACUACAUCCCAUACUGAAGUGAAUGGGGAAAGUAAUGGGAAAACUAAUUCAGAUGUGUUUUCAGUAGACAGACAACCAACUGCAGGCUACCAAGAUAAUGUUCAAGGUCAUUUUACACAUAAUGGCUUCUCCUCUUGGCCUGUUCAUUCUCCCUCAGGUGCUUUACCAAUGUUUCAGCCAUAUCCAGUGCAAGGGAUACCCUACUAUCAGACUUGUACAGGAAACAGCCAUUUUUUGCAGCCAGUUUGCUCACCCAUGGAGGACUCGAGGCUAAAUGCUAGUCAAAAUGUGGGACCUAGAAGGCAUUCCAUGGAUAAUGGACAGUACACUGAAUCUGAAACUCGGGAUGAAAUGGAAAUGGGGAGGGAUGGUUCACUGACUGGAGAACGACGGAAGAAGGCUGGCCAAUCAAGUAGACACAGAUCUGAUAUGGUGGUCAUUCGGAACAUUAAUUACAUAACAAAGACAGAACAGUCUUCUGGAAAUGGAUCAUGUUCAGAUUAUUCCUCUGAAACUGAUGAAGAAAAAGAAGCUCAGGAAUCUGCUAAGAUGCCAAAAAGAAGAGGAUCCAGUGACAAAUCCCUUAAAAGAUUGAGUUUAUCUGGUAAGGAAGUAACAGACUCUGGGAGAGAUGCUGAUGGAGGACAGUGGCUAGCAUUCCAAAAUUGUUUACUGAGAGGCGUAGAUGAAGAUAGGCACACCGUUGACCAAGACCAUUUUGAUCGAGUGAGAAGAAAAAAACAUGUUGCAGUGAAUGAUCCUAUAGAUUUUACUGAGCGGAAUAUGCAUGAAGUUCAAGGCACUGGAGCGUUAGAUAUGCAGAGAAUUAGCAAUGGAUUGACCUGCAUGCCUAGGUCAUCCAAUGAUGGUUUCUUGUUGUCUAGAAGCUCGGGACAGUCUGUUAAUGGUAGGUCUGUCGUUGAUGUGCAAUCCUUAGAAAUAGAUGGAAGGAUUGGUAAUAGAAGGGGGGGCAAUGUUGAAUUUGCUAAUGGACUAGAUUAUUCGAGCAAUAAAUUGGAACGGAAGUUGUUUCAUGAUAUGAACGAUGACUCCUAUAUAGUAAGGGACAAUGAUUCAGAAAAUCUUGAAAGAAAUGCUGUUGACAUGGACUCGGAGUUCCCAAAGGUACAUAGUAAGGAAGAGAAGAAUUCCAAUUAUCAGCCAGAUGAAUUGAGUCUGAUACCUGAACGAGGAGCAGAAAAGGGGUCAAUGGGUUAUGAUCGUGCCUUAGACUAUGAAAUGCAGGCUCAGACUGGGGUCAGUGUGUUGCAAGAUAAAAAGAACAAAGGUUUAUUGGCUCACACGAAACCAAGAUCCAAGAUGCUGGAUAAAGAUCUGAAAUCAAAACCUACUCCAAAUAGUUCUGAUGUAAAAAAGACUGUUGGGCCAAUAAGGAGAGGAAAGACUAAUAAACUGAGUCCAUUGGAUGAAGCACGAGCACGGGCUGAAAAACUUCGGAACUACAAAGCUGAUCUCCAGAAAAUGAAGAAAGAGAAGGAAGAGGAAGAGAUAAAACGCCUUGAUGCUUUAAAGAUGGAGAGGCAAAGGAGAAUUGCUGCCAGGAGUAAUUCAAUGGUUACCCAGUCAUCCAUGCCACCACAGCAAACAAAGAAACAGAUUCCCGUGAAGCUUUCACCUAGCUCUUAUAAAGGAUCUAAAUUUAGUGAUUCAGAGCCAGGGUCAUCUUCGCCCUUCCAAAGAUUUCCAAUCAGAACCGCUUCUGUUGGAUCCAAUGAUUCUUCAAAAGUCUCAAAAACCAGCAGAUUGAAUACAAACAAAUUAAGCCGAUCAGCGCCUUCUCUACCUGAAUCCAAGCGAGAAAAGGGUGAUGGUACCACUGAUACUAAGGUAUCAAUGACAAGAAUUAGAAGAUUGUCAGAACCUAAAAUGAGUACCAUUCGUCAUACUUCCUCAUUAUCUGUUAGACCAAGAGGUGCUAGGACAAAUUCAACAACUAAAGCAGCUAGUGAGACUGAUAUCAGAAAGAUUUCUGCUAUUGGGAAUCAUGACAAAAGCAAGACUGCAAUCCUCCCUGAACUAAGAAUAGGAACAUCUAAAGCAAGUGACAUUGUCCAUAACGGAUCAUCAGUUAAAGAGAGGACACAAAAGAUGAAUGUGAACAAGUCUUCUUUGAAUUCAGAAGGCACCUUGCUGAAGAAAAAUGAAUUUGGAAUCUCACCUAUUGAUGAUGAAGAUGACAAUCCUAUUAUUGAGAAGACUGUUGUAAUGCUUGAACGUGAAAAACCUUGCGCUUCUAAUAGUAAUGUUGACAAGGCAAAAGAAAAAACACGGAUACCAAAGAGACAGUAUAAGAAUGAUAAAGUGAUGGAGAAAACUGAGAAAGUGCCAAGUUAUGUUGCUGUUCAUACAUCAGUUUCGGUAGAUGUAGAAACCUCAGACAACAAAUCCCAGGUGCAAUCCAUAUCUUCCAAGGUUAAAACAAAUGAUAUAGAGAAAGAACCUUCAAAAUCAUCUACCAUUCAUAUUACUGAGAAAACAUAUCCUGCCCCACAUGCUCGAGUUUCUUCUUUGGAAGAUUGUUGUACACAAAGUUCUGAGUAUGUUAAAGCACCUUUUGCAAGCUUGGACGGAGCAUCAAUUGGUAUGGAGACUUUUAUUAGAUCACGAGUGUCUGAUUCGAGAAACUCAACUCUUGAGAAGAUUCCUGAGGUGAUUGAGAAGCCUCAUGUGAAGGAAUCUUCCAAAGGGUUGAGACGGCUGUUAAAAUUUGGAAAAAAGAAUCAUGACUCGCCACCUGCUGCUGGGCGCAACAAGGAAUCAGAUAAUGCCAGUAUUGACGGUUCUGAAGCAAAUGAGAUUGGAAAGAAUGGUUCCCCCAAUGAAGUUCAUACGCUGAGGAAUUUGAUCUCUCGAGAUGAAACUCCCCCAAAUGCAACUCCUCAAACGUCUUCUCGCUCUUUCUCCUUGUUAUCACCAUUUCGAAGCAACAAAGGAAAAAAGAUAAUGAUGUCUUGA